AUGGAAACGAAUGCAACCUCGCAAAUGCACCUAGCCCCAAGACUGAGCUGCAUCAACCACCUAAGUAACAUAAGAAUUUCUUCCCUUCAACUUCUACAAAUUCAUGCCCAAUUCAUAACCAAUGGCUUCAAAUCUCCCUCCCCUUACGCCAAACUAAUCACCCAUUUAUGCAAGAAAUCUUCCUCAGAAUCCAUCGCCCACGCCCAUUUGAUCUUCCGGCACCACCAACACUCUCCAAAUCUUUUCCUCUUCAACACUCUCAUAAGAUGCGCUCCACCUCAAUAUUCCAUCUCCAUUUUCGCCAAUUGGGUCUCCACCCCCCACUUCGAAUUUGACGAUUUCACUUUCAUUUUCGUGCUUGGAGCUUGCGCGCGAGCCCCAUCGGUGUCUACGUUAAUGAUCGGUAGGCAAAUUCAUACUCAUAUUCUUAAACGUGGGAUUGUUUCGAACAUUUGGGCGCAGACUACUAUGAUACAUUUUUACUCGACUAAUAAAGAUGUGGGUAGUGCGCGGAAGGUGUUUGAUGAAAUGUCUGUGAGAAAUAGUGUUACUUGGAAUGCGAUGAUUGCAGGGUACUGCUCACAAAGUGGUAAGGUUUCUCAGAAAUAUGCCCGAGAUGCGUUGGAAUUGUUUCGGGGGAUGUUGGUUGAAUCAACGAAUUUUGAGGUGAAACCAACGGAUACUACAAUGGUUUGCAUUCUUUCAGCUGCAUCUCAUCUGGGUAUGCUUGAAACCGGUGUCUGUGUUCAUGCUUAUAUCAAGAAGACAAUUGAUUCCCCUGAAAAAGAUGUGUUUAUUGGCACUGGCUUGGUUAAUAUGUACUCAAAAUGUGGGCUUCUUAGCAGUGCUUCGUCAGUUUUUAAGCAGAUGAAGCAGAGAAACGUUUUGACAUGGACAUCCAUGGCGACAGGACUGGCUGUUCAUGGAAGGGGUAAAGAAGCAUUGGAGCUAUUGGAUGCGAUGGGAGCUCAUGGUGUAAAGCCAAACGCAGUAACUUUCACAAGUUUGCUUUCUGCUUGCUGUCAUGGAGGGCUUAUUGAAGAGGGGCUCCAUUUGUUUCGUGUCAUGGAGAGGAAGUUUGGUGUUGUGCCUCAAAUGCAGCAUUAUGGUUGCAUUGUUGACCUUCUUGGGCGCUCUGGCCACUUGAGAGAGGCAUAUGAAUUGAUACUCGAAAUGCCAAUGGAACCUGAUGGUGUUUUAUGGAGGAGUUUGCUGAGUUCUUGUAUGCUCCAUGGUGAUGUUGAAAUGGGAGAGAGGGUGGGUAAGUUGCUUGUUGAGAGACAGGGAGGGGAGAGUUUUGAUGACGAAUGGUGUGUUGGAAGUGAGGACUUUGUAGCUUUGUCAAAUGUUUAUGCUUCUGCUGAAAGGUGGGACGAUGUGGAGGCUUUAAGAGAGGAAAUGAAGAUCAAAGGGAUUGAAAACAAAGCUGGGUUUAGUUCAGUACAAACUACGGGUUCUCAAGGCUUGGUGGAGACUUUAUUAUAGGUGCUUGAAUUCCCUCGGAUGCGCUUCUGAAGAUGCUCCAAGCUUGCCACUCGCCGCAAGGAAGCUGUUCUUGCCAUCUUGUUCCUCGGUACGGUUGCCAUUUCCGGUGAAUUCUUCUGAAUAUUUGCAGAAGAAAUGUCUGCAAUAUGACUGUUAUGUGCAUCUGUUGAGAUCUCUGAAGGGCUUCCCUCAAAUGAUUGGAUGCUAAUUGAGGAUACUUCUGACAUGGCAUGGAACAUAGAUUUUGUACCAGUGAUUCGCUUUACGGUUUCUUCAGCCAUCUGUACCUGGAAAUGGAAUCUUGGCAAUGUUAUAUCAAGAGAGAACAAACGAAGAUCAGACUUUAGUUUUAUGUUGCUGUUUCAACUCCCUCGAAUCAAACUCAGCCAUUGACUUACCUUAGCUCUCAAAGUUUCAAGGUCAGCUUUCAGAACUCUGUUAUUAACCGCUGCUUCAUUGUACUUUUGGCUUAUAUCACUGAAACGCUUCAGUAGUGUUGAAUUUUCAAGUCUUAAUUCAGCAACCUAUAGACAAUAUGAAUCGUGUUGACUUUUCACUGGUUGAUAACAAUAAUAUUAUAUACAUAUAUUCUGAGACAAAGAUUAGUUGUAUGAUCACCUUUGUCUCAAGCUCUGUCAAAUGUGCUUGCUUUCUUUUUCUUGAGCGUCUAGCUGAUUCUCUAUUAGAAAGCAUUCUGAUGAAAACACUAUGUUAGUAUCUACAUAACAAUUUUUUUCUCAAAGCUUCUUUAGUCCCCACAACCACAACUAUUAUGUAUAUCUAGUCUUAAAUCUCUGAACUUUGAAUUAUGUUCUUGUGUAGUCCUCACUGAUAGCAUUAUCAAAGUCCAUUGGGCAAGUGUGCUAAUUUGUUACGAUUCGGUUAACAUGUGUCUAAUAGGCACCAUUGUCUUUUAUUUACGUAACAAGGUUAAUCUUAGAAAAUUCAUUGUUGAAACAUUUUUAGUCUGGUAACGAAAUAGGUGCCACCAUCAAAUUUAUUGACUAAAUUUAUAAUUUAACCCAAAUGCUAGAAAUGCUACCUUCUAAUACGUUUAGCAGAUGCAGGAUCCAUUUGCUCGUUCAUAUCAUUUUCUCCUUCAACAUCAUCUUCUUCAUCAGUUUGCUCUCUGGAGGAUGAUAUGUUUGCUGAGCUGACUUGAAUUCCAUCCUUCUUUUGCACACAAGGUGAGCAAGAAAUCCCUAAAGGUUCAUUAAUGUCAUUAUCUUGUGAUCUUCAUAAUUUAUAUUAACCUCCUGAACUGAAAAUAAAUAUAACUUUUUUCAGCCACCUAUUAUUGGAUAUUAUUGUUCUUGUAAGUGUUGGACCAAUAAUUGAUAUUAAAUUUCUAGGUAAUAAGUUACCGAGAUGUUCAAAAAGUACAUUUUAAUGUUCUUAAACUAGAUUUCAUUCCUAUACUGUUAUAUUCAACAAUGUGUCAUGUUCUUUUUUUUAAUCA